GUUUGCUUUUGAAAAAUUGCAUUAGGGUUCUCGGAGCUCUUUCUCAAAACUUUGCUUGCAUGUUUCGCUGAGAAGCUUGGUUACUCUCGUACUUGCUUGCAUAGCCGGCAUACUGUCAUAGAUUUCGGUAAGGCGAGUUAGCCGCAAGAGGAGGUGUUACAGCUUUGGAGAGGGGAGGGGGAGUCGAGAGACAGCCACGGGUUCAAAUUUGAGGAAAUUCAGUGCAGGGACGAGAAACAACGGGUCUCAGAAGAUCUGUAGCGAGGGGCAGCUAUGAGUGGUUGGAAUUAUGUAGUUACGGCGCAAAAGCCUACCAAUGUGACGCACUCGUGCGUCGGAUACUUCACUAAUCCGCAGGAGCUAAAUCUCAUCAUUGCAAAAUGCACGCGAAUCGAAAUUCACCUGCUGACAGCAUCAGGGCUGCAGUCUAUGCUCGAUGUCCCUUUGUAUGGCAGAAUCGCCACACUGGAGCUCUUUCGCCCUCCUGGUGAGUCACAAGACGUGCUAUUUAUAUCGUUCGAAAGAUAUAAAUUUUGUGUUCUUCAAUGGGAUGCAGAAACCGGCUCACCUAUUACACGAGCGAUGGGAGAUGUAUCCGAUCGAACUGGUCGACCAACAGAUAAUGGACAGAUUGGCAUUGUUGAUCCCGAUUGCCGUCUUAUUGGUCUUCACCUUUAUGAUGGGAUGUUUAAGGUGAUUCCUAUCGACAAUAAAGGUCAACUUAAAGAAGCCUUCAAUAUUAGGUUGGAAGAACUGCAAGUGCUCGACAUUAAGUUUCUCUAUGGCUGUGCCAAUCCUACCAUUGCGGUUCUUUAUCAGGACAAUAAAGAUGCAAGACAUGUCAAGACGUAUGAGGUGAAUCUAAAAGAGAAAGAUUUUGGAGAGGGUCCAUGGUUGCAAAAUAACCUGGACAACGGUGCAGGCCUGCUGAUUCCUGUCCCUCUUCCAUUAGGCGGUGCUAUCAUUAUUGGGGAGCAGACUAUUGUUUACUACAACGGCUCUGUUUUUAAAGCGAUUCCUAUCCGACCGUCAAUCACAAAAGCUUAUGGACGAGUGGACAGUGAUGGGUCUCGGUACUUGCUGAGCGAUCACAAUGGCAUGCUAUACUUACUUGUUAUCUCGCAUGAUAAGGAAAGGGUCUCAGCCUUGAAUGUGGAGCCACUUGGGGAGACAUCAGCAGCAUCUACUUUGUCCUACCUUGACAAUGGUGUAGUAUUUGUCGGUUCCAGCUAUGGAGAUUCGCAGUUGAUUAGAUUGAACCACCAGGCAGAUGUCAAGGGAUCCUAUGUUGAGGUUUUGGAGAGCUUUGUGAAUUUGGGUCCAAUUGUGGAUCUUUGUGUUGUGGAUCUUGAAAGGCAAGGUCAAGGUCAAGUAGUAACCUGCUCAGGUGCUUUUAAGGAUGGUUCCUUGCGUAUAGUGCGAAAUGGUAUUGGCAUAAACGAGCAGGCCUCUGUAGAGCUUCAGGGCAUAAAGGGCAUGUGGUCACUGCGAGCAUCUUCAAGUGAUGUCUAUGAUACAUUCCUUGUUGUGAGCUUCAUUAGCGAGACACGUAUUUUGGCUAUGAACACGGAUGAUGAGCUUGAAGAAACCGAGAUCGAUGGUUUUGACUCUGAAGCUCAGACUCUCUUUUGUCACAAUGCUGUCCAUGAUCAACUUGUGCAGGUCACGGCAGGCUCGUUGCGUCUUGUUAAUGCAAAGACUAGGAAACAGCUCACUGAGUGGAAAGCCCCGGCACCAAUGACGAUUAAUGUUGCUACUGCUAAUGCAUCUCAGGUCUUGCUUGCAACAGGAGGUGGAAAUCUUGUAUAUAUUGAAAUAGGGCAAGGUACACUCACAGGGGUGGCACAUUCACAGUUGGAAUAUGAGAUCUCAUGUUUAGAUAUCAAUCCUGUGGGAGAAAAUCCUGAGCGCAGCAACUUGGUAGCAGUCGGUAUGUGGACAGACAUCAGCGUUCGAAUUUUUGCGUUGCCGUCUCUUACCUUGAUCAACAAAGAAAUGUUGGGUGGAGAAAUCAUACCCCGUUCUGUCCUCUUCUGCUCUUUCGAUGGGUUGGCGUACUUGCUGUGUGCUGUGGGGGAUGGACACCUGUUCAACUUCAUGCUAAACCCUUCGACUGGAGAAUUAUCUGACAGGAAGAAGAUAUCUUUGGGCACACAACCUAUAGCAUUACGCACCUUUCGGUCCAAGAAUACUACCCAUGUGUUUGCGGCCUCAGACCGUCCAACAGUGAUAUACAGCAGCAAUAAGAAACUUUUGUAUAGCAACGUCAAUUUGAAGGAAGUCAAUCACAUGUGUCCAUUCAACUCGGCAUCGUUUCCGGACAGUCUUGCCAUCGGAAAGGAAGGGGAGCUCACAAUCGGCACCAUUGAUGAUAUUCAAAAGCUUCAUAUUCGCACAGUUCCUCUUGGCGAACGCCCUUGCCGUAUUGCUCAUCAAGAACAAUCUCGCUCGUUUGCCAUAUGUUCGGCCAAAUAUUCACAAGGGCCCAAUAAUGAAGACAUAGAAACGCAUUAUGUACGGUUGAUUGAAGAUCAGACAUUUGAGAUAACAUCUGGAUUUGCUCUCGAUCUGUACGAAAUUGGAUGUUCUAUAAUCACAUGUUCCUUCACUGACGACUCCAACGUAUACUACUGUGUAGGGACGGCCUAUGCACUUCCGGAAGAAAGUGAACCUACUAAGGGUCGGAUACUUGUUUUUUUGGUGGAGGAUGGCAAACUUCAGCUGGUAGCAGAGAAAGAAAUGAAGGGGGCUGUGUAUAAUUUGAAUGCUUUUAAUGGGAAAUUACUAGCAGGCAUUAACCAAAAGAUUGCUUUAUAUAAGUGGACAUUAAGAGAUGGAACAAGGGUUUUGGAGAUCGAAUCUUCCCACCAUGGGCAUAUAUUGGCAUUGUAUGUUCAAUCACGAGGAGAUUUUAUCGUUGUGGGAGAUCUGAUGAAGUCAAUUUCGCUUCUCAUUUACAAGCCUGAAGAGGGAGCGAUUGAGGAGAGAGCUCGAGACUACAAUGCCAACUGGAUGACAGCGGUUGAGAUUCUGGAUGACGACACUUAUCUAGGGGCGGAAAACAGCUUUAAUCUUUUCACAGUGAGGAAAAACAACGAUGCUGCUACAGAUGAAGAAAGAGGUCGAUUGGAAGUAGUAGGUGAGUACCAUCUUGGCGAGUUUGUGAACAGAUUUCGCCAUGGAUCUCUUGUGAUGCGACUUCCAGACAGCGAAGCCAGCCUAAUUCCAACUGUCAUCUUUGGAACUGUGAAUGGAGUUAUAGGAGUCAUUGCUUCCCUUCCACAAGAUAAGUUCUUGUUCCUCCAGAAACUACAACAGGCUUUGGUGAAGGUGAUUAAGGGUGUAGGUGGGUUAAGUCACGAGCAGUGGCGCUCUUUCAGCAAUGAACGCAAAACUGUGGAUGCUCGCAACUUUUUAGAUGGUGACCUAAUAGAGUCCUUUUUGGAUCUGAGUAGAAACAAGAUGGAAGAAAUUGCCGCGCCACUUGAGAUUUCUGUCGAAGAGCUUUGCAAACGAGUAGAGGAGCUCACUAGAUUGCAUUAAACUACUUUAAACCUACUGUCCAAUUUCAUCCUUAUCUGUUAGUGAAGGUGGACGCCGGAAUUCCUUGUUAUUACGGCACUGGAGUCUAUCCAGUUGUGCAUUCAAGCCCUAGUUCUUAAUGGGUACUGUAGCCCGUGUGUGUUGAUUCAAAUCCGUAACGUUACGGGUAUUAGACUUGGGCUGAUGGGCGGGAGUUAGCUUUUUGAAAAAGUUUUCAAUCUUAAGAAACUACUCAUCCUAAUAAUGUAGGAAAAGUUUUCAACUUAAGAAACUAAUCCUAAUAAUAUAGUGGCGACUCACUAUCAUGAUGUACGUGCGUAGUUGAUUUUGUCAGUAGUAGAUGCAUUGGAUUUUUGUGAAACAUAAGAAUUGAGAGAAUAUCGUACGAAAACGGGGUCAGUGCCGUUCGUUGUUGCGCGAAUUAA